AUUUGGAUCGGAGCUGACACCGAACGACGCCGUUUAAUUUUCUCAUGAAUUUUCUCUCCGUUGUUCUUCAUCUUCUUAGGUAAAAUCUUACAUUUCUUCAGCGGGGUAACUGUGUAUAACCCAUAGAUUUAAUGCGAUGGAAGAGAAUCAUCGUGGGACUGAUUCCAAGCCUGCAGAAAAGUUCAUUCAGAUUGACUCUAUAUUUAUUGAUCUAUUUAGCAGCUCCGAUGGUGAAAGUGAUGAUCCGAAGUGUGAACGUUUCUCCAUACGUGGUUAUGUAUCUGAUAUGCACAAAAAGGAUUGGAAGAUAUGUUGGCCAUUUUCUGAUUUUGAUGAUGUCCAUAAGUUGGAUAAGCUUAUACUCCGGCUCUCGCCCGUACAUGAUCCGAGUUUUGACUGGCGGGAUGUCAGAAUUCAUCGGGAAGAGAAUUCUAAUAAAGGGGCAGCAGAAGGUUUCGUCUAUGAUAGCUGCCACAACCUCAGAAGCUUCUUGAGUGCUUCUCCAAGAGCUCUAAAACAUGUUGUAAUCAAUGGAAGAACAAUGGUUGAGAAUGCUUCUAAUUUUAGUUGCCAACCGUCAAGUUGUGGUGAGAAGGAAAGGAAACUUGAAGUUGCAGACAACAGUACUGUUGCUCUUAUAUCACAAAGUGAGCCAGGUUGUGCUAGUCAUGAAGUUACUGAUAUUGAGCCUGUUAACAGAAAUCUCAGAGUAACUGAGGAAAGCCCUGCAGAAAAUCUUCUGACCGGGAAACAAACUCCCGCGGAUCAUCUAAAAGAACAGUUAACCCUUCUGGUACUGGAGAAUGACAGUACGGUAGAUGUAGACCGAGCUUAUCAUGUCACUAAAUUUCAAGAAAGUACAGAUAUUUCCAUGGAAUCAAAUGAAAGCACCUUUGAAUCAUCUGAAAGUGCUGACGACACAGUUGGAAGCAGUCUGCAUCAUUGUCAUCUAGAAAAGUUACCCCGUCGAAGAACCCCAAAGAUGCGUCUACUGACUGAAUUGCUAGGAGGACAUGGAAAUAUGAAGAAGGAUAAACAUGUUGAAAGUUCUCCAUCCGUUGGGACUCCCGAGUCAUCCGCAGAGGCAGAUGCAAGGUAUGCUUCCAAAUGUCAGAUAACGUUACAGGAAAAUGUUUGGCAUUCAGGUCGUAAAAAGGAAAGGAGGUUUCCCCGGAACGGAAAGUGCAAGCAUCAAGAGAUCCCCUAUUCUUCCAGUGUGGAUAAACAAAUUCAAACAUGGAGGGAGGAGACAGAAAACUCUGUUUCUAGUUUAGAAACUGAAAAUGCUCUUUCAGGAACAAUACAAACCAAAAAGGGCCUUUGGAGCAGCUACAAAAUGGACGGAAAUAAUACUUUAGCUAAGAAGAAAAGUAAAAAGUUCCCAGUGGUUGAUCCAUACUCAGUGUCCUUACUGCCACCUAAAGGUAAAGAUCAAAAUGAAACUUGGGCGACACCGACAACUAAAUAUAGAAGCGAUAAAGAAGCACUGGAUAGUGCUGCUGUUAUAGCACAUCGCAACGAACUUUCUAGCAGAACUCCACAUCCAAUAUCUUUGAAUGCCAUGGAGUCUAAAUCUAGCACAACUAAGAACCCAAAUUCAAGCAAGGAGCCUAUGAUUGUUGAAGGGUCUGGUACUGUAUUUCCUUGGGAUGGUGGAAUGAUUAAUAAGAGUUCAGUUACACAGAAAGAUAUGCAGACUGUAGCUAACACUUUUCAAUAUGCGAAUUCCCGAAACAAUGAAAGGGAGUUGCAUCUUUCGCCCAAUAACUAUUUCAAUCCACAAAGGGAUCACAAAGGAAUCAGUCGUCGAGGAGAAAAUGAGCUGCCUACUUCACUGCCGGAGCAAGAGGACCCUUCCAGAGUAAUUAAAUUUAGGAGGAAAGAUAUCAAAAGAAAUCAUCUUGGAGACCUAAAUCCUCCUUAUGAAGCUUCAGAUGUUUUCUAUGGACAAGGAGUAUAUAGUGUGCUGAAUAGUAAAAUUGCCAACUUGAGAAUGCCUCUUCCAAGACAAAACGUGGAGCCUGACACAGAUAAUGGUUGGUCGCAGCUGCAGCAAAAGGAUAUAUACAGUGGAAGCAAUAGUAAGAAAACUAUUGAAGCUCAGGAACCUUUGGCUUCAAUGAAAAGACAGAUUAACCAGAGAGUGGAAGCAUCUGAUUCUGGAACUUGCGAUGACAUCCCCAUGGAAAUCGUCGAACUAAUGGCAAAGAAUCAGUAUGAAAGGUGUCUUCAUGAUGCUGAGAAUAAUAAACAUCUUUUGGAAACAAGCAAUUUCUCAAGGACUGGUCAAGUGAAUAAUUAUGGUGAUAUAUACAGAAAUGGGAGAGGAUCAUUACAGAAGUCUGAAAAUCAUAAACAAAAAGCUCAGGCAAGGAAUGGAGGAAACGCUGCAAUUUGUGCAGGAAAAGUUUUGGAAGCCAAGAAACAGAAGCCAGCAGAUUAUUUCUCAAAUAUUGGGGAAUCUCACUUCAAUACAAACCACCUGCAGCAGACUUGUAUGCUCGGGCAUAAUGCUUCGAUUCAUUCUCAAGAGAAACCAUCAAGUGGUAUUCAAUUUUCUUCCAUUGGAUCCAAAAGACAAAGUUCUACUGAGAGUAGAAAAUGUAAUGGAACUAUACUGGAAUCAGUUCCAUAUAACUCCAAAGUACAAUCUUUUGGAGGAUGCAUAGAUUAUCCACCUGUUUCAGAACAGAAUAUGGAAGCACCUCACAGAUGGUCUUCUUCUCCUAUGAUGCCGGAUCAUCUGCCCCAUGGAUACCAGAGAUUUCCAGCUCAGUCGACCGACAGAGAAAAAAUCUCAAGUCCUAGAUCGUUGCCGAUUGGAAAUGCAAUCACGCAGAAUUAUCAUAUUCAUCACCCUACCAACCUAGAAAAGCAUGGUAGGCAUUACAAUUCUGAAGCAUACAGCCAGAAUUUUGCAGAGGGCUCAUUUUGCUGCCAUCCUAAUGUGGUCGAGCUUCAUCAAAAUCUGGUUGGUUCACUGGAGUUGUACUCUAACGAAACAAUACCGGCAAUGCACUUGCUUAGCCUUAUGGAUGCAGGAAUGCAAUCUAAUGCAUCCAUCACUGCAAGUGGCAAGCAUAAGUUCUCCAAGAAACCUCGAAUUCCCCAUCCCCUAAAAGGUAAAGAGUUUUCUGGGAUGGAUAUUCGUUUGGAUGAGACCGUUCAGGCCAUAAACUAUUCUUCAUCUGUUUUUCAUGGUGAAGUUCCAAGUAAAUCUCAUUUCCGUUCUCCCGCUGCUCCAGUAAUUGGUGCAUCUGCUUGUACCUUCCAGGAUAGUAGAGGAUUUGGAAGCAAUACCCAUUUCGCAGGUCAGGCUGUCUUUAAAUCUCGAAACAGAGGGAAAAUAAAAUGCUCAGAUCAAUCCACAUGGAGGAAAGGCCAAAAGCUACCAAAGUCUCUAUUCAGAAGUGGUGGUUUAGGCACAGAUGAUAGAACAUUUCCAGUUAAUGGUAUUCAGAAAGGUGUGGUAUGUGCAUCUAAUUCCGAAGUGCUUGAGUUGGCGCAUCACAUGGAAAGAAACUCUGAGGAAUCCGAAUUGAUAGCCCGAACUAAAACUCUGCAAGACCUGCAAGACCAGAAAAGCACUUUUGAGACUGAAAUAUGUAGUGUCAACAAAAAUCCUGCUGAUUUUAGCUUGCCGGAAGCAGGAAAUAUAUACAUGAUUGGAGCUGAAGACUUCAGUUUUGGACGAGCUCUUCAUUCUAAGAACAGACAGAGCUCUAUGAAUUUCAACGGCUUCAAACGGCAGAGGAGUGUGUGGCAUAAUACCGAAAAACUACAUGGAACGAAUCAGCACAAAUAAUUCUUGUGGAAUCCCUUCCUGGUAAAAUCCUUGGUUAUCACUUGAGAGCGCCAUUUCUUAAUCCGACUAUUUUAAAGGAUCACUUGGAAUCUUAACUGAGUUUCAGACAAGCUUAUCUCCAACUUGAAGCUGCAUACAAAAGCCGUGCUUGGCACGAGAUGGUAUCGGUGCACGGUCUUAAAAAUUUUCUUGUACUACGUCUAUGAAGGAUUCAGGUAAUGCUGUAAAUUGUUGUAUUCCUAAAUAUAUGGCGCCCUGAACACUGCCAUUGUAAGGCUUGCACCAACUUUUUGGUCUGAAUAUCACUGACCAAAAAUUAGAACUGAAGAAAGAAAGAACACUGCUAACUAACUAUCAGUAUAUAAAGGGCAACCUCAAGGAAUUUACUAAUAAUUAGCUGGUUUCUGUUGAAUCCUUCAGUUGUA